AUGUCGCCGUCUCUAAAGCAUCGUCACCUGGCUCGCGGCCGCGUCCUCGACGCUCGCGGCGCCGCUGCUCGAGUCCCGCGCCGUCAUCGGCCACGAUGCCGUCGUCGGCUUCCCGCAGACGGUGCCCUCGGGCGUCUCGGGUCAGCUGAUGCUCAAGUACAAGCCGUACCUCAAGGUGUUCAACGGCUGCGUGCCGUUUCCCGCCGUCAACGCCGGCGGCGACACGGGCGGCGGCCUCGCACGUCGGGCAGCAGCAACGGCGGCUGCUCGUCGAGCCCGGGCCAGGUGUACGCGCGCGCGGGCACCUACAACGGCGCCAACGCCAUCCUGUACGCGUGGUACAUGCCCAAGGACGCGCCGUCGUCGGGGCUCGGCCACCGGCACGACUGGGAGGGGGCCGUCGUGUGGCUGUCGUCGGCGGCGGCGGACGCGACCGUCGUCGGCGUCGCGGCGUCGGCGCACGGCGACUACGACGUCAAGCGCGCGGCCGACGUCAGCUUCGCCGGCGCGCGGCCCAAGCUCGGCUACCGCAGCACCUGGCCCGUCAACCACCAGAUGGUCUUCACGGCCGACCAGGGCGGCGAGCAGCCGCUCGUGGCGUGGGAGAGCCUGACGCCGGCGGCGCGGGCGGCGCUGCAGAACACGAACUUUGGGUCGGCGAACGUGCCCUUCAAGGAUGGCAACUUUGCGAGCAACCUGCAGAAGGCGGCGCUGUAG